UGUAAGAGCAUCUGGUAUUGCUCAAAAGAGUCCUCACUCGAUGAUAGGUCUACCCACAAACCGACAUGUCACGAGGUUGAACGCUCCUCGGGAGUACUCAAAUUCAUACAAAUGUUCAGUGCAAACCCGUUGCUCACGACGUCCCUCAAAGUUGGUAUCGUUUUCGACUGUGGCCUGUUCGACAACCUCCGGAUCGGAUUCGAUGUGCCAUUCAUGGCACGUGUCAACAUCGCAGUGGAACCCAGCAACAUUCUUGACUUUGCUGGAUUGUAUUUCGACGACAAGGCUAUUGGAGAGAAGCUUCAAGGGAUGUUGCAAGUCAAUGCCAUCACUCUGUGGCAGCCCAAGCAAGGUCCCCUUACGCUGAAGCGGCUACGGAUAUGGCGCGAGGCUCGUGCAAAGUUUAACACAGAAGGU